AUGAGUCCUCCUCAAAGGUACUCGUUCGUCAAUGCGCGUCCCCAGACAAAGGCCGAGAAGCGGCAAACUCGGACGGCGAUCCGCUCGCACAUUGGACGAUGGACGCAGGAGAACCAGCAAAAGAUCGAGGGCACCAAGACUGCAACAGGCGCCAGUACGAGAAGCUCACCGGAAUCAUCGCGCACAGAUUCACUCUCACCGGUCGAGCCGACUCAGUCACGAUCGCAACAUCCGUUGCGGGUAAGCUUGGCAAGGCCGGCUGACAACACGGACAGUUCAAGUAGCGCAAGUAAUAUCGAUCAAGACAGCACGAGCGACGAGAUUGAAGAUGACACCGGGCUUGUAGUCACAGCACCAAGCCACCUUCGUCAAAGACUUUCUCCUGCUGCGCGCGGCACCGCUCGUCCCUUUAUCCGUACAUUGGGAUCCGGAGUGCUGGACCCUUUUCAGACCUAUCCAUCAACAUUCCCUUCGUCGUUGAUAUCACAAUGUCAUGAAUAUUGGCCCUCGCCCGACCCAAUAGCAUUGCAGGUCGUGUGGCCUGGAUUGACACCGCGACCCCUGAGCGGAUCUGAAGCGGCCGCCAUACAAGGAUGGUUUCCGAUGGCACUCAACGACACUGUUGCGCUGCACUCACUUCUGUUUGGGGCGCUGAGCCACAAGAGGCUAAACCUGUUAAAAGGCUCCGCCCAACCCGAUGACCCUGCCGUGGUUCAUCUGGAAAUGGACAUGCGACGCUGCGAGGCCGAGUCAAUCUCCCUGAUCAAUAAAGCACUCCGUGAUUCCAAGAAUGUUAUAACAGAUGCAGUAAUAGUUUCGGUCCUUGCGAUGGCGACAAACGCCUGGGACUCGACCCUGCAGCGCUUCCAGACCCAGCCUGUAACUCAGCCAAUAUUCGAUCCUUUAUUGAAAAGUCUUCAGUGGCUGGACGUCUAUGGACUCCUCAGCGCCCAUCCUGUCCAUGCAGCUGGCCUCGUUCAACUGAUUGCGUUGAGGGGUGGCUUAAACAAUAUUCAGACCACUGGUCUCGCGGCUAUCAUAUCAUACUCCGGAGUUAUCCAAGCAAGCAGGACGUUAACGCAACCAGUGUUUCCCUUUGUACCGCUGGCGGAUGAUGGCGACCGAACCGCAACGCUCUGGGGGAUGCUGGGCACAUGCCCAAACGAGCUUAGGGACGAAUUCACCUAUAGUAGUCUGUUUGAUCUGGGUCUCACGACUGAGCUCGCUGUGGUGUGGGUCGCUAUGCAACGAUACGAACACGGGGUUGAAAGAUUUGUCGACGGUGCACUCCCAGAUUUGGAUCUCGCACGGUUGUGCGACCGGCGCAACCUCAUCCAACAUACCCUUUUAUCCCUUCCAUCACAUGCGGACUUACCAUCUGCCACUCGACCACGACCCAUCUACGAACCGACCCGCCUUGCCAUGCUAAUAUACGCCCUCACCGUGAUCUUCCCACUUCCAGCUCAGACUGCCCCAAUCCCCAUCUUAGUUCGACAACUCAAAUCUGCACUCCGAGAGUCCGACAUGCGCUCUAUCUCAUCAUCACAUCAAGCCGAGCGUCUUUUGAUGUGGAUUUAG